AAUAAUUACCCGAAGGUCUUCAUAUAUAUAGACCUUAAUUCACUUGAACAAGUAUUCAUCGGAGCAAGGUUGCUGAAGGCAUCUUUGGGACCAAGUUAGCACAACAGUCUGAUUUCUAGCCUCUUUGCAAUGGCACUUUGUCUCUUUACCAACUUCCCUAGCGUGAACUCCAUGAAUUGGAAAGAUAUGCCGAGGCAUCCUCUGCCAAGAGCAGCUCAUAGAACUUGCAUUAACUUGCAGUUCACUUGUUCAGUAAGCUUGAAAGAAUCCCACGAAGUUAGUAAGAGACGAUUGGCCAAUUACCAACCAACAACUUGGAGCUGCGAUUUCUUGCAGUCUUUAAAGAAUGAUAAUGCAGACAAAAUAUACAAAGACAAGGCGAUGGAGCUAGAAGAGGAGGUGAGGUGCAUGAUUAACAGUGGAGACAUGGAGAUGUUAACCAUGCUUGAAAUGAUUGAUGACAUUCAACGGUUAGGCUUGGGGCAUCGGUUUGAAAAAGACAUAAAGAGAAAACUUGAUAGAAUUUCUUCUUCAGAACAAAGUUACGUUGAAGCAGAGAAAUCUCUCCGUGCGACUGCUCUUUGCUUCAGGUUACUGAGACAACAUGGUUAUGAGAUUUCUCAAGAUAUUUUUCAUGGCUUUUUAGAUGAUCAAGGCAAUUUCAUGGCCUCCCUUCACAACGAUAUCGAAGGAAUGCUUAGUUUGUAUGAAGCUUCACAUCUUGCCUGCGAAGGAGAAGAAAUUUUAAACAAGGCGAAUAAACAAACAAGCAUAUACUUAAGAAACCAUCUAGGAAACUCAGACUCUAUGACUGCUGAAAGAGUCAGUCAUGCUCUGGAGGUACCAUUGCAUCACAAGAUGAUCAUGUUAGAAGCUCGAUGGCAUAUUGAAUCCUACGGUAAGAGGGAAGAUGCGAAUCCCAAACUACUCCAACUUUCCAAGUUGGAUUUCAACAUGAUGCAAUCAGUCUUGCAAAGAGAUCUCCAAGACAUGUCAAGGUGGUGGCAUGACCUGGGCUUGAAGAACAAGCUGAGAUUUAGCAGAGACAGACUAAUGGAGUGCUUUUUUUGGACUGUUGGAAUGGCCUUUGAACCUGAAUUUAACUCAUGUCGCAAAGGACUGACAAAAGUGACGUCAUUCAUAACCACCAUAGAUGAUGUCUAUGAUGUUUAUGGUGCUUUGGAUGAAUUGGAAGCAUUCACAGAGGCUGUUGAAAGGUGGGAUGUCAGUGCUGUGAGAAAUCUUCCAGACUAUAUGAAGUUAUGCUUCUUAGCCCUUUUCAACACAGUUAAUGAAAUGGCAUAUGACCACCUUAAAGAACAAGGAGAAGAUGCCAUUCCUUGUCUAACCAAAGCAUGGGCUGAUUUAUGCAAAGCAUUCUUGCAAGAAGCAAAAUGGAGCUACAACAAUAUCACACCAUCAUUUGAGGAAUAUCUUGAAAAUGCAUGGCGAUCGGUAUCAGGAACUGUCAUCCUCAUCCAUGCCUAUUUUCUUAUGGGAGAAAACAUCUCCAAGCAAGCUCUUGAUUACCUUGUAAACUACGAUGAAUUACUCAGAUGGCCAUCCAUUAUUUUUCGACUCUCUAAUGAUUUAGCCACUUCAUCAGCAGAGAUAGCCAGAGGGGAAACAGCUAAUUCAAUCUCUUGCUACAUGUACGAAACCGGUGCUUCUGAGGCUGAGGCGCGAAAACACAUAGAGAAACUGAUUCAGAAGGCAUGGAGGAACAUGAACAAAUGUCAAAUUGAUAACGAAACUCCUUUUGCUAGAAGCUUUGUAGGAACAGCAAUUAAUCUUGCUAGAAUUGCCCAGUGCACGUACCAACAUGGAGAUGGUCAUGGAGCACCAGAUAGCAGAUCCAAGAACAGAAUCUCGUCCUUGAUAAUUGAACCCAUUUCAUUUCAUUAAUGUGUGUUUGUGUGUGUAAGUGUGUGUAUAUGUAUGUAUACACACAUAUAUAUUACCUACCUUGUAUAUAGUGUGGUCCUCGCAUUUCAUCUUGAUUUUGUGUUUAAAAGGUGUUUAUUGUGAUAUCAGGAGGUUAGAGUAAUGCCUCAAUUUU